UUUCUUGAACAUUAUACCAUGCAAGAAGAUAAAGAUGUGACGAAACAACAGCAUUAGUAAAAAAAAAGGACUACUUGCAAGUUCAGUGUGAGGCAGUGGUAUGCUGCUACUGCCACUAAGGUAAAUGCAACCUGAAGCUGCGUUGUAGAAAUACAGUGUUCAAAGCAAGGGAGGUGGCAGUCCUGCUCUGUUUAGUAAUGGCAGAGGACACUGGAGCACUGUGUGUGAUUCUGGGCUCCACACUUUAAAAGAGGGUCACUGACACACCUGAAGCUUAGCCAGAGACCUCCUCAUAGGUUUUCUUUCUCCUUGAAUCAUGAGAGAUGAAAUUGCAACAACAGUUUUCUUCCUCACAAGAUUGGUGAAAAAGCAUGAUAAAUUGAGUAAACAACAAAUAGAAACCUUUGCAGAAAAGCUGAUGACCGUCUUGUUUGAAACCUACAGAAGUCACUGGCACUCUGAGUGUCCUUCCAAAGGGCAAGCCUUCAGGUGUAUCAGGAUAAACAAUAAUCAAAAUAAAGAUCCCAUUCUGCAAAGGGCUUGUGCUGAGAGUAAUGUGGAUUUUGCUCACCUGGGACUUCCAAAGGAGAUGACAAUAUGGGUAGAUCCCUUUGAAGUUUGCUGUAGGUAUGGUGAGAAAAAUCAUCCAUUUACAGUGGCUUCUUUCAAAGGCAGGUGGGAGGAAUGGGAGCUGUACCUGUGGAUCCGGGAUGCCGUCAGCAGGGCCACACUAGACCACUCCUCUGGCACUUCCUCUGACGAAGAAAGUUAUCACAAAGAACCUCGGAUAAUUCCUAAAGUCAGAAAUCCAAAGAGUAUUUAUAAGGUUGAAAACUUGAAACAGCCUUUUCAAUCUUGGUUCCAAAUCCCCAGCAAAAAGAAUCUGAAUGAUGGCCGUUUUAGCUUCCUAGGAAAUGCUUCUCAUGCCCUGCGUAAGAAUCCUAAGGGUCAUAGGCCUGCAGCUCUUUGCCGGGUGGACAGGUACCACUGGGUCAAUACAAACCGAUAAAGCCAUGGCUGGGCACUCAGGGCCAUAAAGCACAAAGGAACCAUUUUAUUUUCUCUAAACUGAAACUAGUCUAGGUGGAGAGGCCCAUGAUACAGAAAAAAUGACAUUAGGGACCAGUGUGUAUGAUGAUGAAUCCUCUCACACAAAUCACGACUGUGUUCUUAGCUGUACUUUUAAUUCUUAUUUAAUUUCAUAUAAACUUUUAUGUAACACUAACAAAUGUACCCAUUAAGGUGACAGAAUGAAGAUACUAACCUGUGAUAAGAUUCAGUGAAUUUUGAAAAGUAACAAUUUAAAUAAAUGUAUUGUGUUUUUAAUAUA